UCUCUCUCUCUCCCACACACACGCAUGCACGCACAUUCUUCACACGCACGCGCGCGCGCGCUCACAAACACACGCACAGAUCACAGGAGUAUUCUGGGCUCUGUUUCUUGUUCUCCAGAUUAACCCGAAGCACAUGAUGCUGGAGCUCGUGAUUCUCUCUCAGCUCAGAGUCAUGAAAGCCUCUCUCUCUUCUGUCCUUCUCCUGCUGUUCUCCUGCAGAGCUCCAUCAUGGCUUCUCCGCGUCUGGAGACCUUCUGCUGUCCGAACCGUGACCCGGCCACGGAGUUCAUCACCGGCUUCCAGCCGCAGCUCUUCAGCGGGAUCAGCUCGUGCAGCGCCGCUCUGAGCCUCGCCUUCACCGGCCUCCAGCUGCUGCCCAAACACCGGCCCUUCAGACACGGAGCUCCGCACAAACCCGCCUCCUCGCUCCGGAUCCUCUUCAUCAUCAGCGUCUGCGACCUGCUGGCCUGCGCAGGGAUGGUGGUCCGCUCCGGGGUCUGGCUGGGUUCUCCGGGUCUGAUCAGCAGGAUCUCGGCUGGGAACAGCUCUGAUGUUUGGCCGCAGGUGUUCUGUGUCGGAGGAGCGAUGUGGAUCCAGCUGUUCUUCAGCGCCUCGUUCUGGUGGACCUUCUGUUACGCGGUGGACGUGUUUCUGGUGGUGAAGCGCUCGGCGGGCAUCAGUACGAUCGUCCUGUAUCACAUGAUCACGUGGGGUCUGACGCUGCUGCUGUGUGUGGAGGGAGUCGCCAUGCUGUACUACCCCUCCAUCUCCAGCUGUGAGAACGGCCUUCAGCACGCCAUUCCUCACUACAUCACCACAUACGCUCCCAUGCUGCUGGUGCUCCUCGUCAACCCUCUGCUCUUCACACGCACCGUGUCUGCUGUGACGUCGCUGCUGAAGGGUCAACAGGGAAUCUACACCGAGAACGAGAGACGACUUGGAUCCGAGAUCAAAAUACGCUUCUUUAAGAUCAUGCUGGUCUUCGUGGUUUGCUGGCUGCCCAACAUCAUCAACGAGGGUCUGCUGUUUUAUCUGGAGAUGCAGGACGAUGUUUCAGCCGGCGAUCUGAAGAACGUCCGUAACGCCGCGCUCAUCACGUGGUUCAUAAUGGGAAUCCUGAACCCCAUGCACGGGUUUCUCAACACGCUGGCGUUUCACGGCUGGACGGGGCUGAACGUGGACUUCAGCCAGCAGAGACGGCGCGAGCUGCCCUGGGACUCGGCCUCCACAUCGCUGGCGGGUGGAUAUACACCCGUCGCCGGAUCAACACUGCUCUACCAAAGCCACGUGCAGGAGAUCAAGAAGAACCUGAGUGCUAACGGACAGCAGCAGCCCUCAGACGCCAUCAGUGUCCUGUCUGAAGAUUCAGAGUCUAGUACAGUAGAAAUCCACAUAUCCAGUGAGCAGCGAGAGUUUGAGGAUGUAAAGCCAAACGGAGCAUCACUGGGGAUUUCUACGGGCUGAACGUCCCGCCGGCCUCAAACACGCUCUCUCUUCUGAUUCACAAAGACAAAACCAGUCUUCAUGCAUUUGUACAAUCAAUCAAUCAAUCCUGUCUCCUUGCCUGUUUGUGCUGUUGAAGGUUUCUCUGAAACAUCACAUAAUUCAGUACGAAACUUUGAUUUGAAUCAAAUAUAACAAUUUUUGUCAUUUACCAAAGGUACACACUGUAAAAAUGCAUGAUUAUAGAGCACAUAGAGAUUGUGUAGACAUAGCUGUUGCUGCUUGCUUUACUCAUUUUAUACUUCAUU